UAUCACCUUACAAAAUUUUCAGCCACUGUUAUGGCUCCAUUCAAUCCUCUCAAACUACAGUUACAUGCCUUUUCCAUCUUUAUUCACCCCUUCACUCACUGCACUUGCUUUUUCUUACUCACAAUACAAUCCAUUUUUUUUAUUUUUUUUUUCAUUUUUCCUAUUUCAGUUGAGAAAAAAUGGUCUAUAUUCUGUCGGCUGUUCAUCACAAUUCCCUUCCAAGAACCUGUUCAGCUGAUCACCACAAUAAUCUGUGCUUCUCUUUUUAUGUUCCCAAGCACUUUCGUUUUACGAAAGCAAAAAUGACAAAGAUUACUGCUUUAGCUGAAUUGAUGCGUGAGGCGACUUGUUUGGCAAGUGCUUUGUUGAUAGGGAAGCUUCUUGCUGGAAAGCCCUCUUAUGGUUCCAAGCUUUUAGACAAGGAGCUUAUGACUUCAAAGGAGAAACCUUACAAUCGCAACCUACUGGUUCACGCUACUAAACUUGGCAGACCACCUAGAAAACACACAUCGUCUGGUGGGGCGUGGAAUAAACAUUCACCUUUUUUGGAUGACCGGCCUCAGAAUGCUCAAUCACUUGGUCAUCUGAAACUUAUGCUGAUGUGUGGAUUUUUCACUCUUCAAACUACUCAACAAGCACUUGCUGGUUCGGAUGUCGGGCAGUCCUUUUCAUUCUUAGGGGAUCUAGGUGAUAUUAGCACAGGUUUUGCUUCAGCAUUCUUGUUGAUAUUUUUCUCCGAACUCGGCGAUAAAACCUUCUUUAUUGCGGCACUCCUAGCAGCUAGAAAUUCUGCUGUUGUCACAUUCACAGGGACUUUCGGUGCACUAGGGGUAAUGACGAUCAUAUCUGUCAUCGUUGGACGGACAUUUCACUAUGUUGAUGAUAUUCUUCCAUUCAGGUUGGGAAAUGCCGAUUUACCAAUUGAUGAUCUUGCUGCAGUUUGCCUCCUGGUAUAUUUUGGUGUUUCGUCCUUGCUAGAAGCCUCCUCAAGUGAAGGCCUAAAAGCGGAAGAGGAACAAAAGGAGGCAGAGCUGGCAGUUUCAGAGCUUUCAGGAUCAGGUGCGGGCAUUUUGUCUGCUGCUAACACUGUCGUGAGUACUUUUUUGUUGGUUUUUGUUGCUGAAUGGGGUGACAAAUCAUUCUUCUCCACUAUAGCUCUUGCUGCGGCCUCAUCUCCUAUUGGAGUCAUUGCAGGGGCACUUGCUGGUCAUGGAGUCGCAACUUUGCUUGCUGUUUUGGGAGGAUCUUUCCUGGGAACAUACCUCUCUGAGAAGGUUAUUGCAUACAUUGGUGGUGUACUCUUCCUUGUCUUUGCUGCUAUAACAUUAUUUGAAAUUGUGAGCUAGAAACAAACCAUAAAUUUCUCCCAUGCUAGUCAAUGCUGAUUGAUUUGAACUGAAAGACGAGUAAAAUGUCAGUGCCAGCAGUUUGGGUGAGAACUCUUCCAUAGAGCAAUUAGAUUGUAGGCUUGUCGGAUCACAUUUUUCAGCCAUUGUCUCUCUACAGAGUAGAAAUGACGUGUUAUUUAUUCUUUUCCUCUUCUCGUAAAUUUUAAAUGUAUGAAACGAUGAGUUUGAUCGAAUUCCAUUCACCAAGUCUUUCAGUUAGUCCAUCAGUUCUGUUGUACUCUGAGAUGCAAGUGGAAAAAUGUAUGAAAUCUCAAUGUGUAUUCUUAAGAUAAAGGGUAUGUAAAAAUAGAGAAAGGAUACAAUGUUGGUGAUUCUACAGGUAAGCAUACUAGCUGGAAGUGUAAUCUGGGUGCCUGCUCGAUCAGACUCUCAUUUCAGACAAGAUGGAAGUGUAAGGCCAUGACAAACAAAAGCCAUAACAACGUAAACUGUUAGCGAGACAAGGCAAAUCAAUGCCAUCCUUAGCUUGACAUUUCUCCACCAGGCGUUGUUUCUCAAACGGCGAGUCUGUUUUCUGAAGCGAAAACUGUUGGCUUGCAUAUACGCCGUCUUACCGACCAAUAAGUCCAGUCGAUCUCCUCUCUCUAAAACUUUGUCAAUAUUCUCUAUCAUCACACUCCGCACCUGACUCAUUUCGCCUUUGAUGCGGUUAAUUCUGUCAGCAUUAGGGUCCCUUGAGUAAUACUCCAUUUGUUGGCUCAGAAUCCUCGAGAAUUCAUCGUUCAUUGCAUAGGCUUGGGCAGUCAGCACGGCUCGCCCAUAUGUUUGCACGAAUCGUUGGUGAAUUUCUUCAAGGAAUGCAAAAGGAAUUCUCCCUGAAGAAUUUAUUCAUUCAACUAUAAAAAUAAAAAAAAAGAGCAGCAUUAUUAAUUGAUCGAUAGAGAGAAAAGUUGGAUUCACAUACGCUGAGCGUUGUCUUCUGCCAUACAGAGAACGGUGAGGCCAUCCGUGCGUUUGACGUGGAAUAUGUAGCGAUCUUGUGAGUAAGAGACGUUGGUAUUGUGAUUAGCGGCUGAGAUCUUCUCCAGGAUCUUGCGGGCUACUGUAUUGGCGGUGGUCGAUGACGUGGCACUUGACUCUGCUAGCACAACUGACCCACGCGCCACAACACCAUACAGAAUCGCCAUUCGGUGAUAUAUUUAAUACAAUCCCUUCUCUCUUUCUCUAGUUGCUAGAGAAGAGGAUUUAGAGAGAAAGGUAUAUGCGUACAUGCACGUGCGGGUGUAAUUAACUGAUAUGCAUUUGUAUUUUGUUGCAGAAAAUGGUCUUCCAUGCGCAUCAACAAAGAGAGGUUCAUCCAUAUUUUGUGGGGAAGAGAUGAGAGUUUCUGGUACCUCCAAAUCCAAUGGAGUGGAUUCCUAUAUAUGGAAUUCUUUUGUUUGUAUUC